UUGUUUUAGUCUGUGCAAAAGGGAGUCAUUGGGGUUUCUUUGCCGGUCAAACUUUGAAUCAGUCUCCUGUCUUUGGAAAGUUUUUCUUUGUGGAGCUUUUUAGACCCUCCCUUGUUCCUUCCUCAAAUUACCCAGGAAGUUAUCCUCGUGAGUAGAAGUAGAGUUCAUAGGGAACUGUGAACGUUACAUAAGGGCACUUUAGUGUAAGUCUUCAACAGAUCCCAGACACACCAGAACCUGGGACGAGCACUCAGACAGACAGGUUACAAAGAUAGAAAGAGGGUAAACAAAAACAGCACGGCUGAAGCACUCAGGCUGCAGGAGGAGACUUCUGGGAGACUCUUCUUGGGUUUCGGAUGUUGGAGAGGAUUUCGGCAGGAAAGCAGAAAACUGAACCAAAAGAUUCCUGGACACAAGGCAGUGAUGAUCAAAGAUCUACCUUGGCUUGACUUUUCACCAGCUGGGAUAAAAACAAAGUAGCUGUGAUUGUUUGACAAAGGACCAGAGAGAGAGAAGAGAGGAGCUGCAGACACAAACACAGGAGCACACGAAGAAACAUUUCUCAGUGUCAGUCAUGUCCCAGAAGGAAGAAGAGCUUGACUACAGUAUGGCUAUAGAGAAGGCUGCUGCCUCUCUUACCCGCUUCCCUCUUAUCCCGAUCAGAGGGAUUCCUCUCAUGAGCUACAUCGCUCAGAACUGGGACUCCAUCUGGGCUUUUCGUCCGGACCCCUCAGACCUCCUCAUUGCCACCUACCCUAAAGCAGGGACCACGUGGACUCAGGAAAUAGUUGACCUGCUUCUUCAUAAUGGAGAUGCAGAGGCCUGCAAACGAGCCCCCACACCUGUCCGUAGUCCUUUUCUAGAGAUCAGCUCACCUCCACCUAUCCCCUCAGGUCUCGAUCUUCUCAAAACCAUGGAUCCUCCAAGAAUGAUCAAAACACAUCUCCCCUUUCAGUUGGUGCCCCCCGGAUUUUGGGAAAACAAGUGCAAGACUAUCUAUGUGGCACGCAACGCUAAAGACAACCUUGUAAGCUACUACCACUUUGACUGUAUGAACCUGACACAGCCUGAGCCCGGACCCUGGGAAGGAUACAUACACAAGUUCAUGAGAGGAGAAUUGUCAUGGGGCUCGUGGUAUGACCAUGUUAAAGGUUACUGGGCGGAGAGAGAGAAGAAAAAAAUCCUUUAUAUUUUCUAUGAAGACAUGAAAGAGAAUCCUCGGCGGGAGGUGGAGCGCAUCAUGAGGUACCUGGACCUGUCGCUCUCUGAUGAGGUCAUCAGUCGAAUUGUGGAGCUCACGUCUUUUAAGAACAUGAAGGAGAACCCGAUGGCCAACUAUUCCUGCAUCCCUAAACCUGUUUUUGAUCAUUCCAUCUCUCCAUUCAUGAGAAAAGGUGAGGUAGGUGAUUGGACAAACCAUUUCACAGCUGAGCAAUCCAAGAUGUUUGAUGAAGAUUAUGAGAGGCAGAUGAAGGGAACCAACAUACCUUUCAGGACCCAGAUCUAACUUCUUUUUAAAAGUUGGUGCAGCUCUGCAAACCAAAGAACUAUAAUUUGCAGUGAAGAAUUGAUCAAACAAGUUUGAAAAAGUGAACAAAAUGACAUUAUUUUUACUCACAUCUGAGACCUAAAUGUUAAUCGUUGCACUUUGGUGUGAUUAAGAGAAGUAAAAUCAGAAUGUGUGCUUAAAGGAUCAAUAAAAAUGUGCUCCACAAUAAGAGUCCAUGAGUUUGUAAUCAUCACUUUAUUGCAGCUUAUCACGUAAACAAUAUAUAAGACCAAAAGUGUUGUGACUGAGUGGACAUGCCCAUUUUACGUCAUGAGACCUCCAACAGAGUCCGCUGAGCGCAUGGAGUCUACAAAGAGUGCUGACAGCUGCAGGCAUGUUUUUCUAUCUGCCCAUAUGAAGUCAUUUUGCAACCCUACACCACACUGUACAGAGCCCAGCUAAAGCAGGGAGGCUGCACGAGACACGAGCGACAAAGACUAAAAAGUUAUGAGCUGGAAAGUCAAUCAUAUGAAAAUGGACAAAGGACACAAAAACACAACAGCUGAGGAUAUCCAAGUUUAACAAAAAAAUCACUUUUAAUACAUUCUUUAUUUCUUAGCAUAAAAUCUUAAAUAUUUUAAUACUUUAUUGGAAGGGAUACCUUCCUUUGUUUGAAUUAAAUCUCCUUCCUUAUAUAGAGGCUAUGUUUUUAAAGGUUUUUCACAACUUUUAUUAGUUUUUUUCUACAUUUUCCUGUGUUUUCUCCUCUCUCUUCUAACGGUUGGCUCACUAUGGCUCCCCUCUUUGGUUUUGAUCAUACUCUUUCUCUUCUCCGCCUCUUUCUCUUCCAACCCUUAAGACC